AUGUAUUUUGCGCACGGUGGUAGUUCUGGUGCAGUCGAGCGGCGACAAUAUCUUCAGAGGAUGGAGUCAUUUUAUCAACGUGAGGAUGGAUAUUCGAUAAGCCUGCUGCUGUCGUUGACUGAUCUACACUUCAUGAAUGACAGCUUCUGUGUGGAGAACAUAUCUGAAUUCCCAAUCGCCAAUAUUCUCUCUUACCCUCUAGUGGAAAUCGUUGAAGCGCAUCUGAGGCAAGUUCAUUGCUUUUGCGAGCGUCCUGGAGUGGAGAAUUUGGAAAACGGCGUGUCCUGGCAAGUGAAUGCCCUUGCAGCGGCAACGCGAUUUGUUUCUCAAACCCAAGACAAGAACUGGCCCAUCCCGAUUCUGGUCACGGUCGCGAGGGACCUUAGGCGAUUAACUUUCAAACUCAUGUCCUUGAAGAAAACCUUGGACGGAGUAGAAGAUGACGACGAUUCAACGAAACGCGAUCCUUCUGGAGUGGCGUCGGAUGCCAUCAUGAGCGCAUUUCGGGUUUGCGCAAGCGAUGUACGUACGGCUGAAGCAGAAAGCAAGCGAUGGGGUAUGCUUGGACUUGUGAAUCAGAUGCUGCGUAUUUAUGCCAAAGGUGGUCAUCUGGAGUUGUAUCGUCCAUUGAUGAGGGCGAUUGACUCAAUAACGAUGAAAGACAAAUUUCCGGUUGCUCAAAUGGUUACUUAUAAGUAUCUUGUUGGCCAGAAGCAUGUGUUCGAUGGCGAAUUUCAUAAAGCUGCGGAGAAACUGACUUAUGCGUUCGAACGAUGCAUGAAAUCCAAUGUUGGCAACAAGAGACGAAUUCUGUUGUAUUUGAUCCCAACGAAAAUGAUCUUGGGUCAGAUGCCCAAACUGCUCUUGCUAAAGAAAUACAACCUCGAGCAGUUUGAGGAAGUGACAUUGGCUGUCAAGCAAGGCAAUGUUCGACGGUUGAAUGAAGCGCUCGAAACAAACCAUGACUUCUUCGUCGAACACGGGAUCUAUUUGAUCUUGGAAAAGCUGCUGACUAUGACCUGUAGAAAUCUCUUUAAAAAGAUCUUCCUGCUUUUCAAUUCGCAUCAAAUAGACAUCCUCUUAUUUGAACGUGCGCUGAGAUUUCUCGGAAUGGAAGAUGUCGAUACAGCCGAAACCCAGUGCAUCGUCGCCAAUUUGAUAGACGAGGGAAGAAUCAAAGGGUACAUCUCUUUGAAGCACAAUAAGCUUAAAAUGAACAACGGCAAUGUGAGUGAUCCGGUGGGGCGCGCGGUAUGUGAUCUUUCUCCUGUGCCGACGGUUCAUCAUGUGCAGGCUUUGUACCCAUUCAAAGGAUCCAAUAAUGACGAGCUGUGCUUCAGGAAAGGUGAUAUAAUUACUGUCACUCAAAUGGAGGAAGGUGGUUGGUGGGAAGGGACCCUUCGAGGAAGAACUGGCUGGUUCCCUUCCAACUACGUCAAAGAAUGCGAACCUGGCACCGAAGUGGGUAUUGGGUCGUCCUCAACAUCCUCUCCGUCCUCUUCUGCUCUUCUUGCGCCACAACAGCAGUUUGCCAAUAGAGUUAAAAUUUUGGAAACUUUCAUCGAAGCGGAAAGGGCGUUUCUGUUGGAAAUGGACAAUUUUCUUCUGCAAAUGGUUCCACCGUUGCGUAAUCACAAAGUAAACUUGGACGACUUGUCAUCUCUUUUCACGGACCUGGAGCGCCUUGUUGCGGCCCAUCGAACUCUGAUGACGACUGUCGUCACUGAAUCGCGUAGACAGAGUUGUGAUGCCAACGGAAAUGAUGCUGGGUCAGGAUUUAGUGCCGGGCCUCGCAUAGGCAAAAUCUUCUUGCAAAAUGCCGCCGAACUACAAGCUGUUCAUACUGUGUACUCUCGAGCUCAUCCGAAGGCGGUUGGCGUAAUCGACAAAUUCAGAGAUGAGAUCAACGCGCAUUUGAUGAAAGCCACUAGUGGAGCUGGUGGAGUGAUAGUGUUGAUCAAGAAGCUGUCUGGACCAUUUCGUCGUCUUUCACAAUUCCCACCGUUUCUUCAGGAGUGGAAAGGACAGCUAGAAGAUAGUAAUCCAGACAGAGGAGAUUCUCAGAGAGCCGCUCAAUUUUUUCGUGAUGUUGUAGCGGAGUGCAGCGCACAUCGACGAGAAGCCGAAUUGGAGCUGGAAGUGAUGAAUGGGAAUUUUACGGAUUGGGACUCUGGUCAGUGUCCGUUGCCGAAGCAGCUGGGACCGAUCCUGAAAAUGAGCCGUGCCUUGAUAAUGUGGGAUGGGCUGAGGUCAAAGGAGAAAACUGCAGCUCAUCGGUUCCUGUUAGCUUUCGCCCGUCAACUUGUUGUUCUGUCCACUGCUCCAACGAUGACGUCGUUCGUUUUCCAGGGGAAUAUUCCAUUCACGCACGUGACGUCGAUAGAAGUCCUGGACGACGUGGAAGGCAGAAGUUUCUCGCUGGAAGGCCCAAACAUGGACAAACUCACUGCGACUUUCGAGCAAAAGGUCGAAUGCACCGACUGGGUCCACCUCGUGGAGAAGCAAACCGGCUGCACGUCCGCCGGCGCCGCGGUCGCCACGCAUCGUCGUCAAUCAUCCCUCGAUCUUCGUGAGGUGAGCGUCGACUUCCUGCCUUACGAAAAGCUAACCGACUUGUUCCUCCGACUCCGCGUCCACAACGCCAUCCCUGCCUUUCUCGUGUCCCGCUUUCGUCGCGGACUUCCGGCGUUGCCCGAGAGGCGUUGGCGACCCAAGGUCUACGCCGAGACCAGCACCCAAACGGAGCGAGUGACGUGUUGCGAACCUGUCGAUGACCCAUCAGAAUUCAUUCAAUGUCUUCCUUCGACGACGAAUGAAGAUCCCGGCGACGACCGCGUGUGCAUAGAAGAGAUAGAAUCCGUUCCUCUGAAUGAUACUUCACCCGAAGAUCUGAACCAUGAUCUUAGUCGCCGAGUCACUGUUCCACGUGCGAGACCGCGAGGAUUGGUGAAGUUUGAUUUCACUUGGAAACGUCGUGGGUGGUCAGUGUUCGACGCGUGGCGCCCGGAAACGAGUUACGGACCUCCGGAAAUGCUGCACUGGUCGAGUACGUCUCUAGUGGACUCGUGUUCUCAGCACGUGUCUUCCUCUGCGUCUUCAUUCGACAACGGGAGAAACAAGCCGGGAUUGCGUCACUGGGAAUCGCAGUUCUUCAUCAAAGACACCCCGAAAGGUGCGGAUGAGUUCGAGCUUCCUGGGAAUCGACUCACGGAAGCACCUUUAGCGGAAGACGAAGCCUUGACAGAUGAGUCGGUCCCGAGCUUACCCUACGAAGGCCGAAGGCAUUCUGCUCCUUGUUCUGUUUCCGAAACGUUGGACUUUCCUGGAGGCGUUUUUGUGGUGUGUGAUCAGGUGUGUGGCUCGCUUGAUAUUUCCGGCAUCGGAUUCAUUGACGAAGAAGCAACGAGAGUCAGUGUGGAAAUCAGUGCGUUGUGUGAGACGUCGGCGAAUGACACGGAGCCGAAGGAAACUCACGAAUUGUGCGACUUGACGCCUCCUGAAGUGGUUUCUGAUGACGUUGACGAAGUGAGGGACCAUGGGAAUGAGCCUUUUCCGAUGACCAUUCAAUUAGGUACAGUAUUUUGUGACCCAUGUGAUGAAUUGUCGAAUACAAAUGUGUGCUGCCAUCGUCUCAGUCCUGAACCUUCAGUGAGUGACGCGAAGAAUCGUGUUGAAAUUCCGGAAAACUGCGAAGAAAGCAGUGAAAUUCCACAUUUGAACGUGGAAGAAACCGAACUCAGUCAAAUCUCAUCUAAACGAAUAGAAGAUAUUAAUUCUCAAACAUGUGAAGACGCGACAAAAAAUGUCAUUUGUGUUUCGGAAUGCAGCGAUCAUCCUCCGGGUUGUCUUUCUAUCACAAAGGAAGAUUUUUCUUCCCGGGAAGAAGUGUGUGAAGCGAAUGAUUGUUUAGCUGCAACCCCCUUUCCAAAAACGAAGGAAGACAGCGAUGAAAAGCUUCCAGGAGAGAUCUCCACUUUGCAGAAUGACGAACGAGGUGAUGUAAUGGAAAUCGACGCCGAAAUCCAUAAUUCAGAAACAGUGUGCACAAUUACGAGUGAAUGCGAAGAAUUUCGAUCAGGUUGCGAAGAUGUUCAGAAUUUCGAUUGUUCAGAAAAUGGAUUUGAUAUUCCAAUUGAAGAUGCAUCGAGAUUAGUGCAGCAAAUCUUUAGAUCCUGUGACGAAAGCCGAUCGAAUGAGCAAAAGACCGAGGAAAGUGUUCGAAUCCCAAAGGUUGAAGAAGAUAAUCGAUGUGAAAUCAGUGUCAGAGAAAGCACCGAUUUGGAGGCCUGGUCGAAAUUACAAUCCGAACUCGAUUUCGAAACGCAGUCGAAGCCGGACAUCGUUCCUCGACAAGAUAAGAGUCUCGCGAAACCAGACCUUAUAUUCGUUGACAACGAAGCCGCGAAUAGUAAUUCGUCUUCGGAAGAAGCGGAAGUUGUUGUUCUAAGUGAUGAAUGCCCCGAAGAUGACGAGGCUUCGAGUUCCAUUGUAGUCUAUGAUCCUGGCUUUGCGCUCAGCGUUGUGGAAGAGUCGGUUUUGUACGUUGCUCCUCGAGUCAAUAGGUCUUUCGCGCCGUCUUCCAGCACGGAAACGGAAGUUGAAGAAGAACAGGAUGAAAGGCCGAUUUUUCGGUCGCAGCUUUAUGCGCAUUGGUAUUGCUGGAGAAAUCUCAACGCUGCAGGUGAACCCUCCGUGUUGUCGGACUUCGUGACCCGCAUGAAACCCAAUUGUCGAAUGCUGAUUGUUGUAGUGAAGAGGACUUGUAGAAACAUGAUGUCGGAUCCGUCAGCGGACGCCCGGGCAGCGACUGAAACAUUCCGUAGAGGCGGCUCAUUGCGAGUGGGCUCUUGUAGCAAACCUACCGCCAUGUUCCCAGUGACACCCCAAUCCGUUCCAAAAGCAUCUAUAGUGAAGCAAGCCGAAGUGGAACCCAAGAAAUCGGCGAUGGUGAUGGGAGUUGAACCUCAGUUGCGCGAGGAGGCGCCGUGGCGAGAAGGCAUGACGCAGAUUUUCCACGCUGGAGAAAAUUUGAUUGCCGAAGUUGUGGAUGCCUAUUGUCGACUCAAGUGUGCUGCUAUUUCUCAAGGUCCGUUUUCGAUGGGUUUUGAAGAAGAGAGUGCAGUGGAUGCCAUGCAGAUCGUGGAUAGUUACCCGAAUAUGUCUUCUGGGUAA